UAAUCGAUUUGACUCCCCCGGUGACAACUGGUCAGCAGUUGCUAGGCUGAGAAAGCAAGAUGGCGGCGUUCAUGGCUCGGUGCAGAAGUGACUUGUUUAGGCGUGUUUUUCGUAAGAGCCAGGUGCUGGAGUUCCUGGCUCGUUGCGUUCUGGCUUCUAGUUCACGUUCAGGGUUUUGCAGCAGCCAACACCCGAUCAGUCGAUUUCCGGUACCCAAGCCAGCAUCUCUGCCCCAAGAUAUUCGGGAUGCCUUCUCGGAUCUUGAGGAAAAGACUGGGUUCAUUCCAAAUGUUGCCAAAGUAUUGGCUCAUCGACCUGAAGAGUUCCGUGCAUUCUUCAAAUACUAUGAAGCCCUGAUGUUAAAAGAGGGCAAUCUGACAAAAGCUGAGAAGGAGAUGAUUGUGGUCGCUACAAGUGCCGCCAACAACUGCAUGUACUGUGUCAUUUCGCAUGGUGCCCUGCUUCGCAUAUACUCAAGGAAUCCACUUCUUGGAGAACAGAUUGCAACAAACUGGGAGUUAGCAGAUGUGAGUCCACGUGAGAGAGCUAUCUUGAAGUUUGCUGUGAAAGUGGGACGUAGUGACACUCUUAAUGAGGGUGACUUUGAGGCAUUGUCCCAGCAUGGGCUGAGUCAGGAGGAUGCAUGGGAUAUAGGUGCAAUCUCAGCUUUUUUUGCCAUGUCCAAUAGACUUGCACACGUGACAGACAUGCGACCAAAUGAUGAGUUCUUUAUGAUGGGGAGGGUACCAAAGGACAAGUCAAGAUAGAAAAAAAAAAGAGUAGGGAAGUAGAGUAGUAAAUGAUAGCUCAAUACAAAUGCAUACCCAUGAUUUGCCGAGGGGGUGGGGGUGCACUGUUCUAGGUAUUAUAUGGUAUUUGCAAAGAUUCUUCUGGGCAAACAGGCAAAUCAAGAGGUAGUUUCCUAGGAACUGACCAAUUGGCAAACAAGACAUGGACUGACAAUGGACAAAUCAAGGGUACAUAGUUUUUUUUUUGCAGUUGAGUAUUGCAUGACACGAGAGGCAGCAAAGGAAACUGGUCAAGAGGUACCUUUCAUAAAAAAUAGAUGGCUGCACAGCAUAGAGAGGCCUGGGGACCAGGCUAUCUGCUGUUAUACCACAUUUUGAUUUAUUUGCUUUAAUUGUGUGUCUGGGAUGAUUUUAUUGAUCUAGUGUGAUAAAGUAUGUUUGAUAUAAUAGAACUCUUUGUAAAAAAAUGAAACUCUUAUUUAUUAGAGAUACUUGGGGAUGCCUGCAUAACAGAAAAUGCUGUAUUGUGGGGAUAGCAUUACUGGGACGUAGCAGGAGGUGGGGCAGGUGCCUCCCCAAUAUUUUCAAAAUUAUAAGGAAAUGACCAGUAUGUGUGCCUGUGCCCCCAAAUAUUUUCUUAAUGUUCCUGUAUUGUGCCCCCCCCCCCCCCAAAAUUUUGAGUCCUACUAUGGCACAGACUAAGCUGCUUCUACUAACUUUUUUCUGUAUACAGACAGUCCCAAAAUAUCAUCUUACUGCAUUCAAAAAAAAAAGGAUGC